AUGAUAACUUUUGACAUGGUCGUCGUUGGCUCAGGAGGCGGUCCAGACGAAACGAACCUGUCAGCUUAUCUCCUCAAACCUCGGAGUGCUCGUUGGGAGGAUGGUGUACUGGCCUUGGAAGCAGGUUCCGGUCAAGGUGCCCUCAAUCGACUACUCCAAAGAAACCCCCUUCUCUUCGACUCCCCCUCCGGCUUGGACGACCACGAACCUAGAGUCUUCUCUGCCUCGGAAAUUUAUAACCUUGUGCGGUGCUACCUUAUCACCCAUGCCCAUCUCGACCACAUCAACAGUCUCGUUGUGUCGGCAGGUUCCUUUGGAGCUCCCCGAAAGCGUGUCUACGCGACGAAGCAAACGCUGCAAGACCUCGAAAUUUUAUUUUCUGACCGUAUCUGGCCUAAUCUAGCUUCUUGGAACGAGGAAGACGAUAGCCACAAACUUUUGUACUCCGCUCUCCGUUCAGAUAGCAAGUACAAAUCCAUUUUUCCAGAUGUUUCGGUCAGAACUCUACCCCUAAACCACGGCCGAAAUGAGUCGGGCCACUAUGAAUCCGCGGCGUUCUUUAUACGACAUGAACCAAGCUCCCGUGAAUUUCUAUUUUUUGGCGACGUCGAGCCCGAUAUUCUAGCCGAGAGACCACAGACCAUCAACGUUUGGCGCGCUGCUGCACCCAAGAUACCUGAUACAUUAUCAUCAAUAUUUAUUGAAUGCUCUUGGCCAUCAGGUCGAGAGGAUGAAACACUGUAUGGCCACUUGACACCGGAACACCUGGUUGAUGAACUCACCACUCUGGCAGGGGAAGUGGUGAAGUUUAGGUCAAGUAGCCAACCCCAACCCCGCUCUCGCCCUGCUCGGAAACGACAGAAGAAAAAUCCUCUGUCCACAGAAGACUUACGCAGCGCAUUACAAGGCGUUCGUGUGUUUAUCAUGCACUGUAAAGACGAUGUAAACGGUGUCCAUGACCGACCUGUGCGCGACAUCAUUGUUGAGCAAGUCAGAGACCUUGUAGUUGCAAGGGGUCUCGGGGCGGAUAUUUUGGGUGCUGUGCAAGGAAUGCACAUUGAAAUAUGA